AUGUCCAUCGACAGAUGUCAGUUUGAUGAGUUCCCCAGACAAGUGCUGCAGCUGGAGGGUCUACAGAGUCUGUACAUGGGGAACUGGGCUGGGGAGGGAAAACCUUCACCGGUACCUGAAGACAUCGGCACACUGAAGAACCUACAAGUCUUGGAUCUGCAGUAUAGUGGCUUGGAGUCACUACCAGGUGGUAUCGGAGAACUGGAGCAGCUGGGGUACUUAAACAUUGCUGGAAACAAAUUCACGUCAGUUCCUGAACAAAUCAUGAUGCUGUCCAACAUUGGGAAGUUAAUCUUGUCAGAUAACAAAAUUUCCCGCCUUCCCGUGACUCUGAGCCGAUUGGCCACACUGAAGGACAUGAACAUUACUGGAAACCCCCUGACAUACCCUCCUGCUGAUGUCUGUAAGAAAGGCACAGCCGCCAUCAUGGACUUCCUGAGAAGGGAGACAAAAGAAGGAGAAGAGAAAGAACUGCGAAAACUGUUCUAUCGUGUCUCACAAAAAGUGACACAAAGAGCUGAGGUGGAAGCUCUGGCCGCAGUAGCUGGACUAAACCACAGCGAGAGAACCAGUAUCCUGGAUAAAGACAAGGCGAAUCCAAGUUACCAGGCCCAGAAUGUGCUGUUGAAGUGGAUGGAGAAAGAUCAAGAAGCGUCCAUGGACAAGCUUCAUCGGGAUAUGAGGGAUAUCGGCAUGGAAACACUGGCAGAGGAGGCAGGCCGGAUAAAGGCAGAGCAACUUAAGCGGCCGGCAGAUACAUCGGGCGGACCACCUGCCAAGCGACAGGCAGCCGGAGGAUCUCGUGUGGCGCAUCAGGAGGAACAGCAGCCCAAACUGAAGAUCACACAAGCAGACCAGACGCCUGUACAGAUACAGCAUCACAGCGAGACUCAGCAGGUCAUACCAACCCGGGUUGCCGAGCAGAAACUAAGGGGCCAAGUUGGGUUUCCUCAUGCAUCAGUACCAACUGAAGUGGAGAUGGGAGGUCCGGAGAUGUUGGUUCUCUACGAGCAGGCCUGUAAAGAUGGCACCACUGAAGUCUUCUUCAUCAGGCUGAUCCUGGUAGGGCAACACGGGAAUGGGAAAAGCAGCUUGAAAAACAGUCUCCUUCAACUGGAGUUCAACAGAGAUGAGGAGAGCACUGAUGGCAUAGUGAUCACUCCGUGUCUCAUGACUGGGAGGGAACAUUGGAAAAUAACUGAAGCAACGAAGAACCAGUUUGCUCACGCUGUCGGCAUGGAGAUGAAGAAGAUUAAAGAAAAGGAAAAGAAAGAGUCAAGUGUCCCCAAAAAGACAGAAGAAGAGAAGAUGCCGAAACCGGUCCAUAAAGCCAAACCUACCAGAGCCAACUAUCGAGGUAAAGACCACGUAGAUGUACCGGUGGUUAUGGAAACAUCAGGAGAACAUGCUGCUAAGAAGCAGGAGACGACAGUAAAGACAACAAGACCAUCAGAGGACUACGCACUUGCCACCCGAUUCGCUCUUGGCAAAGAUGACCUGUCCAAACUCGUCGGAUCCAAGGAACAUCCCGCCAUGUCCAUCUGGGACUUCGCCGGGCACGACGUUUACUACAGCAGCCACCAUGUGUUCUACAGCCAUUAUGCCAUCUUCAUUCUCACUAUGAAUCUCACCAAAGCUCUCAGUGAGCCUCUUGAGCCAUGGGCUGGCAGCUGUGCAGAAGCACUUCAACUUAAAACAGAAGCAGAUGUCGCAGACUACCAUCUGGAGGCUGUUCGAGCACACACCAGGCCAAACAAGUCUGCCGGUGACAUGGAAGUAAACCAAGACCACGUUCCUCCCGUGAUUGUGGUGGGAACACGCAAGGAUAAAGUAAACAAGGAAGAGAUCAAUGACUUCUUCAACAAACUCAGAGAUCAUUUCAGGGGGAAGGCCAUUGGCAAACAUGUGUAUGACACGUACUUCGCCAUUGACAACACCAAGCGUGACCCAGAAGAUCCAGUGUUGUCAGAUCUAAGAGAUGAUAUCCUCAAGAUUGCCCAACAGCAAAACCACAUGGGCAGGAGAAUCCCAAUCAGCUGGCUGGAGCUGAAGUCCAAGCUCAUGGAAAUAGAGAAGCAGGACAGGAAGUACUGCAGCCUCCAGGAUGUGAUGGAUGCUACUGACAGCUCUCGCGUACCGGAAGGAUUCACACCUGAGGAAAAUGCUGUCAUCAUCCUGAGGUUCUUCCAUCUGUGUGGAGACAUCCUGUUCUUCGACACCCCAGCACUCCGCAACUUUGUGGUGCUGGACCCGCAGUGGUUUGUGGACGUCCAGAAAACCAUCAUCACCAUCCCCCAGUUCCGGGAUCCUGAAGUAAAGGACAAAUGGGAGCAGCUCGAGGCUACAGGAGUGUUAGAAGACAGCCUCAUCGAGCACGUGUGGAGCUCGGGGAAACGACAAGAGGAGCUGAGGUGCGACCUUAUUGCCCACAAAGAUGAGCUGCUGAAGAUGAUGGAGCAGUUUGACGUGGUCCUGCAGUGCAGUACUGAGAGUGACGAAGAAGCAGGUGAAGGCACUUCAAGUUCAGAGACCACCACCUACUUUGUUCCAUCGCUUCUCACCACAGUUAAGGACAGAGGAAGACUUUACCCAGCCGGUACAAAAUGCAGCAAGCCAAUUUUUGUAGUCUUCGACGAGAAGUUCUUCCCUGUUGGUGUGUACCACCGCCUUGUCAUCGCCAGUACUCGCCGUUACAACAAGCGGGCGCCACUGGCAUAUGCACGCUGUGCACGGUUCAUCACAGGCAACCCCAGGCAGACCUUUGUCAUCACCAAGGAAAGCCACUACCUGAAGGUGGAGCUGCUGUCAUCAGAGAAGACAGAGUCUGCCUGCUUCAGCCAUGGUCCAGAUGUCAGGAAAUGUCUGGAUGAAGACCUGAGGGAGAUCAUCAACAAGUGGAUCCCAGGCAUAAGGUACAAGUGGUGCCUCCAGUGUUACUGUGCCGGCCACAGGGAAAGGCAGCUGGAUGCCAGCAGCUUCAUCCCCAUCACAAGUGUCACAGAAUGGUUCAUGGACGAAGAAGUCGUCUGUGAAACCUUCGCGCCUGCCACGACCACCAUUCACGAUAUGGGCCUGACGCAAUGGUUCCAAAGCCCACAUGCUGGUCAAAGCAGCGGAGCCAUGCAACAGGAAAUGUCAACUGCAUCAGUGGCAACAGAUGGAUACGAUGUCUUAUCUGUGGCAGACUUCUUCCCUACUGUUGUCCAAAUGGAGCCACCAUGGGAAGAUCUCGGGAGAAACCUGGGCCUGCCCGAUGCUACCAUCGAGCGAAUCAGAAAGAAACACGAAGAUUGCACAUCAGCAGCAUCGAGGCAUGAUGACACAGAGAGAUGCUGUGCACAGUGCUGUUUGGCAGUAUUACAGGAGUGGCUACAUCUGUCUGGUACCAGCGCAUCGGUAGGAGGACUGAAGAGCGCACUGAAAACAGCAGGACAGGAUUCCAUCGCAGAGAAGCUGAAGACAAAGGAACGGAUGAUGAGUAGAAAGCUCCAGGAGCUGCAAAGCCAAGUGACAAGCAUCGUGCGAGCUGCCCUCCCCAACCUGGACUUUGUCCAAGCUGUGAGCAAGAAAGCAGACAAGGAGAGGGAACAACUGAACAGGACGACACUCCGUGAGGAACUCUUCGCCGGACACAGUGCUUGCCUUUCCUCAGAUGCCUAUGAUGUGAUACAGGAUAGGAAGCGAUCUGUGUGUUGUAUUAACUGGCCUGGGGGAUCUGGAACUGGGUUCCUAAUGAGUAAGAGAAAGAUUCUUACAUGUUACCAUGUGUAUAAGUUAAUGGACGAUGCCACACUAAGGUUCACUGAUUUAAGUUUGUUCACUGCAACAUUCUUUGUGUCUUCCGCGGAAGAAUACAAAGUUAGGUUUCCUGCGACCACUCUCAAAUGCUAUAGUGAAGAGUCUGACCUAGACUAUGCUAUCCUGCAACUGUCCGUAGAUGAUGAGAUAGCGAGUGUUCUUGACAGCUUGCCUUGCCUUGGACGGCACAUAUCAGAAUGUGCGGACGACAGAAACACAGUGGCUGUUGUUGGCCAUCCCUACGGUGGGAGCAAGAUGGUUGACUUCUGUCCCAUCGUUAGCAUGGACCCACGCUACAUCAUCCAUGCCCGCUUUGGGAACCCGGAGUUUCCCCAUGAAGACCCAGAUAAACCCCUGUACCAUACAGGUGCCAUGUUCCAUGGCUCGUCAGGCUCCCCAGGGUUUGACACGUAUGGUAAUGUAGUGCUCAUGCACACCCGGGGGUUCUUCCCCGACAGAAGCAGACAGAGCCUGGUUGAGCGCGGGGUUCGUCUGUCUGCUAUCAGAGAGGAUGCGCGUCAAAAAAUGGCACCAGAGAUCUUUCGCGAGAUCUUUCCUGAGAGCUCAUUGGGACAGUUCUCAGUUGGUUCACAAACUGUCAACUGAAACCGUUGACACUACAUAUGUUUUCUGUAUGUUUCAACUUUGCACCAAACAUAUGUACACGAUAAUCUCGAUGGUUAUUGACGUACGUCAUUGAGAUUUCACAGAAGUUGAACGAACCAAAGCAGACGUUGAAACAAGGAGCACAUUGUGAUUUGGGGGGUCUGAGUGUAUUUCAUAUUAUAUUUUUAGAAUGACAAUUGAAAAGCUAGAUGUAAUUUCAACAUUGCUGAACUUCUAAUAUAUGCCGAUGAAGAUUCGGGGUGUAUGGUUUGAAGAUUCCUCUACAUGUACAUUUUCCCAGGCUGGGAUUUGCUUUCGUAAGGAAGGUGUGGGAUAAUAAUACUGUAUAUCUACUGUAGAUGAAGUGUGUGGCUUGUAAUAAGUAUGUAGUGAACCUUAAGAAACAAAGUUAAGCAAUUUUGAUAUCAGGUGAUUAGAGAAUAUAGAAGAUACUGAGCUCAUAACAAGAACGUUUUUCUGUAUUAUUUUGAUGAUUAUUUAGCAUGUAACGAUGUGUUGCCAUACAUCAUCCAAGCGUCUGUGUGAUAUGGUCACACAACGUCCCUAGCCUGGAAAUCCACAUGCAUUUUGCAUACAUGAUACGAUUACACAGCUGAGAUGUAUUCACUGAAACUACACGUUAAAAAAGGGUAACAAAGGAUGUAAUCAUGUUGUCAUACCAGUACUACACAGGUUCAGUUGUGUAAUAUGGAAUGUUAGUUCACAUAAAACAUAACAUUAUAUUGUAAUACAUCAUGGGUAUGUUCUAUAAUGGUUAGACUCACUGUAUAGAUUUUCGAUUGACAUAGUUUUUUUAUGUUUUUACCAACAUGAACUCAAACAUUUUUGCACCUGACAUUCCAGCCCUACCUUAGUAGGUACUGCAUAAUUCUAUACAGAACAUUCUGUUCUGAAUGAACAUCAUUUUUCAUGUGCUAAGAGUGGCCUUUUGUUACCACGUGACCAAUGCAUAUACAGGCGAACAGCGGCCAUCUAAAAACCUGAACUAGAUUAAACAAAUCAUUCACCAAUACAACAUGUCAGUGGUUGUGAAAUCAUUACAUUAGUUGAGUUGUGCUGCAGUUGAAGCUGGAUCAAUUUGUCUGAGGCAGCCGGGCUGUUUGCGGAAACGAGAAAUUAAAGUUUAU